AUGGGUAAACUCAUCAAAAACCACUGGGCUCGCCUCAUCAUCCUCACCGCCGCCGCAUACCAAGUCCUAGCCAGCCUCGAGGGCUUCUUUUGGCCCAAGAUCUUUUGGGACUUCCUCACCAAGAAUCUCGACGGAGCUGUCAAACCAUUUCCCGUCUUGCAAAUCAUCAAUCUGAUCAUGGCCUUCAUAAGCCUUGCGUGGGAAUGGCCACUUGCUCCGGUGGUCAAGAUGUUGCCGGGCCUCCAUAGGAGCAUGGAAGCAAGAUUGGUGGUGUAUCCCUUGUGUGCUCUGGCGGCGGUCAUCAUGUAUCAAUCAACCAAUGCGGCAUUAUACUACAUCAUUGGCGUGAUUGUGUAUUUCUGGGCUUAUUCAGAAGGCGAGACGGUGUGUCCAGAACCUUGGACUGUUCCAAAGAAAGGCGGUGCCAGGCCCGGCAAAGUAUGA